AUGUCUGGAUUUAAUCGAUAGAUUAUCAUAGAACCUCCAAAACGAAUAACAGAGGCCGAUAAUCAAAAAAAUUAUGCCACGGUUUCAUUAUUUUGUCUUACAGUAACAAAUCCAUUCAGAGAUAAGAUAAUUAGAGUUGUCCUCAACUAAUGGUUCGAUAGAUUUAUCUUGAUGAUUAUUGUGGUUAAUUGCGUAUUUCUUGCGAUAGAUGAUCCUAAUCUGGACCAGCUCGACUAUCAAAUUAUUGCUGAUUAUAUAUUCUUAGUGCUGUUUACGAUAGAGAUGUGCUUGAAAAUCAUUGCUAUGGGUUUCGCACUUCGCCCUUACUCAUAUCUAAGAGAUGCUUGGAACAUUGUAAGCUACAAAAUUGGUUUAUAAUAUCUUUAGUUGGAUUUUAUUGUGGUUAUAAUGGGAUGGAUAUCAAAGGUGGUUACUGCAAAUAAUGUUAGUGCUAUUAGAGUUAUUCGUAUAUUAAGACCAUUACGUACAAUAAACUCAAUGCCUGGAAUGAGAAAACUUGUAUAAUCUCUUUUGAAUUCUCUGCCUACAUUGUUCGAUAUAUUAGUUCUAUUUUCGUUUUUCCUUGUUAUGUUUGGUACGAUUGCAACCCAGUUAUUUGGUGGACUUUUAUAAAACAGGUGUGCCAAUGACGAAGGAGUAAUUUAAAAAGGAGAGGAUGGCAACGGAUUCUUUUGUAACAAUUACGAUUAGUGCCCUGGUACAUGGGAAUGCAUUAAUAUUGGAAAUCCUGAUUAUGAAGUUACAUCUUUUGACAAUAUAUUGAAAAGUGUUCUAAAUAUCUUCAUAAUCAUCACACUUGAGGGUUGGACUGAUGUAAUGUACAAGAUCAGAAGUGCAACAGGCAGUGUUGCCUAUGACAUUUUUUUCAUUCUAGUGGUAAUAAUUGGAGCAUUUUUCAUCUUAAAUUUAAUGGUGGCUGUUCAAUUCAGUUAUCUAAAUGCUUAGUUCCAAGAAUAGAAGAGUAAAAUUGAAGCACAAAAGCUGAAGGAAACUAAUUAACUCAUGAAAAUCAAAGAGGAAUCACCUAAAUCGCCUCUCAAAGAAUAAGUCAAAUUUAACGAUGGCUUCUCACAGGCUCUUGGGGAGGUAGACAAAAAAGAUAUCUCAAAUAAUGAAAACAACUCAGACACAAGUCAUCCGUUCAAAUCACCUGACUAAAAAGAAAUUCCUACUGGAGAAGAAGUAAAGCCUGACAAUUAAUAAAAUGAUUAGAAAAGAUAUUAAAAAUUCAAGCAUUAAGUUUUCCUGCUAGUAGAGUCUAGAGGGUUCAACAUCCUAAUCAUUUUGCUUAUUAUGAUCAAUACUAUAUUCAUGGCUAUGGAACAUUAUGAUCAGCCUGAAUCUCUGACUACCGCUGUUAAUCUGGGUAAUAGUAUACUGACUUGCAUAUUCGCUCUCGAAAUGGUUCUUAAAAUGUUUGGUUUGGGUUUGAGAGCAUAUGUAAAAGAUGGAUUCAAUGUAUUUGAUGCAAUCAUUGUGAUUGUUGGUCUACUAGAAUUCUUGAAUGCUGGUUCUAAAGCCUUGACUGUAUUGAGAGCUUUCAGACUACUCAGAAUCUUUAAGAUUGUUAAGUCCUGGACCACUCUAAAGAAGCUACUACAAACUGUUUUAAAUUCUUUCUCAUCAAUUGCAAACUUAGGUCUGCUGAUGUUCCUCCUUAUUUUUAUCUACUCUUUAAUUGGAAUGCAAUUUUUUAGUGGGCCUAUACCAGACAAUGAAGACUUAUCUUUCCGUUUCAACUUUAAUACUUUCGGUUAUUCCCUCAUAACAAUAUUCGUAAUGCUAACUGCUGAGAACUGGAACUCUAUAUUGAUAUAAUUUAUCGAUAAGGAUGGGUUUGCUGCAUCAAUCUACUUUGUCUCAAUGAUUAUUUUUGGAAAUAUUAUGGUGCUCAAUCUAUUUCUGGCUAUUCUGCUUAGUUUCAUCUCUGAAAAUCUUGAUUAAGAAGAAGAAAAAUAAAGUACAGAAGGUGACAAUAAUGGUGCCAAUGACUUUUAAAAUGAAGUCGUAGAAGAGUAAUUUGACUACAUCCAGGAGAGACUCAGAGUUAAAGCAGGAAUAAAAGGAUAAGGCGACAAGAAACUCUCUGAUCAUGAUGCUCAUUUGGCUAUCGAAGAAUAAUCCAAGAAUUAAAGAGAGGAUGAGAAAUAUGCAAGCAAGAUGCAUAACAACAACUAACUUGAAAGCUCAAUCAGUCCUAAUGAGAUUCAUAUUGGAUUCGGUUACAAAGAGGAGAGGAGAGUUAAAAUUUCUGAGAGAUCUAAUGAAGAGGAAUCGAAGCAGGCUGAUUUCAUGUACAAUCAAAAUAAUAACUAAGAAAAUGGCAGUCAGCCAGAAAGAUAUAAUUAACUUUCAGAUGAAAUUUCUAAUCUUCAAAGACAUGAAAAUAGAAGUGACUAAUCUAAGUCUGUUAAGAUACCGAACUUGGAUAAUUCAAAUAAUCUCAAUAAAAGUAUUAGCAAUCCAGAGAGUGUUUCUAAUAUUUAAAAAGGUAGCACCGGUAAGAGAAGUUAUAAGACUAAGUCGAAGAAUACAAUCCUGAACAUAGAAGGUCGUAGUUUAUUUAUUUUCAGUCAAGAUUCUAAGGUCAGAAAGACUCUCAAAGCUAUUCUAACUCAUUCUUACUUUGAGAACUUCAUCUAUCACUUGAUUGGCUUGAACUCAUUAAUAUUAGCCCUAGAUGAACCAUAACUCAAAGAUGAAUAUUAAGUUUUAACCCUGGAAUUGUGUGUUACUGUUAUAUCUGGUAUUUUUAUCGCUGAAGCAUUAGCAAAGAUUAUUGUUCUCGGGUUUGCUAAAGGUAAAACAGCUUACUUAAAGGAUUAUUGGAAUAUAUUGGAUUUUACGAUAGUCUCCUUCUCAGUAUUGAAUUGGAUCCUCGAUUCAUUCAGUGAUAUCAGUGUUAGCUUUUUGCGUGGAUUUAGAGCGCUAAGAGCUUUAAGGCCACUAAGAAUGGUGUCGAAAAAUGAAGGAAUGAAAAUUGUAGUUAACUCUCUACUUACAUCCAUUCCUAAUCUGUUUAAUGUCAUGCUUAUUAGUCUACUAUUUUACCUAGUGUUCGGAAUCCUUGGUGUCUAGUUGUUUAAAGGAGCUUUAGGGUCAUGCAAUGAUAUAACCAUCGACUUUAAGUCCAAUUGCGUAGGAAGUUACAUAGAUCCAGGAACUAUGGAGCAUGUAGAUCGUGAAUGGUCUGUUCCAUUCAAUAACUUUGAUAACAUUUUUUACUCUAUGGUUACAUUCUUUGAAAUAGCUACUCUUGAGAAUUGGCCAUCUGUUAUGUUUGCAGCUAUUGACAGUCAAGAUAUAGAUUAUGGUCCUGUACUCGAUAAUAGACCCUAUAUUGCAGUUCUUUUUGUAGUUUUUAUUUUCAUCACAACCUUCUUCGUAAUGAAUUUGUUUAUUUCCGUCAUUGUAGAUAAGUUUAAUGAGGAAAUCAAAAAAAAAGAAGGCUCGCAUAAGUUUUCUGAGGAAUAGAAAGAAUGGGUCAAAAUGUAGAGAAUUAUGGUUCAUGUAAAUCUAAAAAUAAAGCCUAUUUGUCCGAACAAUAAAUUCAGGACUUUCUUUUUCCAUGUCGUAAUGAGCAAGCAAUUUGAGUUUUUCAUUAGUUUUGUUAUUGCUCUGAAUACACUAUUUCUUUGCAUGGAUUAUUAUAAUGCGCCAGCAAGUUGGUCAAAUGCUUUGCAAGUAGGAAAUAUUAUAUUUGUUUCAGUUUUUGCAGUUGAGGCUGCGAUGAAAAUGACUGCUCAUGGAAUAAGAUUCUAUUUUCUUGAAACAUGGAAUAAAUUUGAUUUUGUGAUUGUCAUUCUAUCUCUUAUAGCCUUAGAUGAAUCGCUAUUCUCAUUCAAAGUAAAUGCAUUAAGAAUUAUCAGAGUUGCAAGGCUUUUAAGAAUGGUGAAGGCAUCUAAAGGUUUAAGACAUCUUUUGAAAACUUUGUGGCUUUCUAUCGGAAAUAUAGCUAAUGUUGGCAUGCUUCUCUUUCUAAUAUUUUUCACCUUUACAGUUGCUGGGAUGGAUCUUUUUGGUGACUUAAAUGACUCUGAGUACAUUACCCUAAAUGCAAACUUUAGAUCAUUCUAUAUAACAAUCAUACUUUUAUUCAGAGCUGCCACUGGUGAGAAUUGGAAUGGAAUUAUGCAUGACUGCUAUGAUCAGACUGGAAUCAUUGGGAUAUUCUAUUGGCUUGCGUUCGAACUUAUCACCCAUUAUAUCUUCUUGAAUGUAUUCAUUGCAGUUAUCUAUGAAAAUUUUAAUGAUGUAAAGGCAUCAGAAGAUGAGAAUGAAGUACUUUCCCUUAAAAGAAAAGAUAUAAAAGCUUUCGUAAAAACCUGGGCUCAAUUCUGUCCAAAUGGAGAGCAUUACAUGAAAACUACUGAUUUUUCUAAAUUUCUUGAAAAACUGCCUCCUCCACUUGGAUAUGAGGGUCAUAAAAUUGAACGUGCUAAGCUCAAUAAAAUUAUCUUCUGCUUGAAUAUUAAAAGUCACCUAAGGGAAAAUGAAGGUAAGGUAUAUUUUCCGGAGGUAAUGUGGGCUAUUUUCCACUCCAUUAUUGGAAAUAAUGAUGAGCAAGUGCAUAACUGUGAAUAAGUGACAAACAUUAUGAAGGAGUUAAAGCGAAAAUACAAAGGUCUAGGCAAGCAUGUUACUCCAGAUAGUCUAUGUGGUAAUAAGUACUAUAGGACUGAGAUGACUGUAAGUAAGUAUAUGUGUGCAUUACAAAUUUACAAAAAUUGGAAAAAUUUCAAAGCUCAAAGAGAAAAAUUAAAGUAGAGCAGACUAUAAUAAGAUAUUUCGCCAAAGCCAGAUCAAAAUUAAAACUAUUCAGUUGAAAACAGAGGGGGAUCUAUUAGAUCACCGAAUAAUCCAUUCGAUAAUAAUCUUAGCAACAAUAUUUUUGGUAAUAACCAGUCUGACAAUCUCAAGAUUUCAGAUUUUUCAGAUGCAUAACUUAUCAAUAAAGAUUAGUAAAUGUACCGUAAUAAUGAUUAAAUGAGACUUGCCACCUUUAACAAUAACACCUCAGUAGAUAACCAAAAGGUAUUUUAAUUUGGUAGUUUUCAAAAAGUUUAAUCAUUUGCUUAGCAAUAAGAUGAGUUUAGAAUGAAAUCUAUCGAAGAUGAACCAUAAACAUUUAAUAAUAAUCAAUUAGAUAAUUAAUUAGGUUCAGAGGACUAAUUACAACCAAACUCUUUUAAAAAAUAAGGAACUCGUGGAUCAGAAAUGAAUAAUAAAAUCAAAUUAAAUGAUCAGAACAUUUAAAACUAUAUUGAUGCUGCUAUUAAUGAGGAGAAAGAGUCAUCGUUCCAGACGGAGGAGAUGAGCGAAGAGGUUAGUAACAGAUACUUCAACUAAGAUGACGAUGACCCAAAUAAUAGCAAUAAUAAAUAAGUCCUAAUUGACUUUGCUCAAAUUAAAGGGCAGAUGGGAGUUAAAAAUUUCUUAGAUUAAGGGAAGUAAAAUUAGCAAGACUUAAAUGAUUCUUAUUUAUCUGAUUAAACCAUCAAGCAAGAAGAGGUCAAUCAUUAAGAAAUAGUGAGAAAUGGACAAAUGAGAAUAAAUGACAUCAAAUAGCUUAAAUGA